AUGGCAUGGUCAUUCUUACGCUUAUUACCAUUACACGGACAUACUAAUGCCGAUUACGAGAAGUUUGAAAUUAAUUUUGCCGCAUUCAAACUGAACAGCUCGACUCCAGUGUACAAUGCAAGCAUUCUUCAAAGUUUUUCAACCCGAGAAGGACGUUAUGGAAUACAAAUGUUAAACUCACUUGGCUAUGUAUUUCAAGAUAAAUAUAUCAAAUCAUCGACCGUUCACGAACAAUUCAAGGCAUUUGAGAAGCAAUCAGGUUCUCAGUUUUAUGACAUUUGCUGUGAUCUUUGGCAGAAAUUAAUUGCAAAUCAUUGUUAUCCGCUAGAAGACAUCUUAAAGCAAUGGAAUACGGAAAAGAUUGGAUCAACAACGAUUGAUUUUGAUUAUGCCAGCGAUGGAGAAUUCCAUGUUAAAACUGUAAUGAUUACACCAUUACGUCUUGCUUUUCUUCCGCUAACAUGCUUAAUUGGAAACCGUGCACUACGACACUUCGGUAGUGAUAAUUUUCUUCUCGUACAUAAUCGCGAUGAAAAUAAUGAAAUGUUAAUGGAAUUUAGUGACAGCAUAAGGGAACGUUUUAAGGAUCAAAUGUUAAAUGGAAUUCAGUAUAAUGGUAAAUCAUUCAAAUUUAUUGGUUCCUCACCAAGUCAGCUGAAAGAAUCAUCGUAUUGGUUUAUCGCGUUGGACGAAACCGAAACCAUUGAAUGUGCAAGGAAUCGAUUUGGAGACUUUUCAGAUAUCAAAAAUGUGGCAACCUAUGUGGCUAGAGUGGGACUUUUUUUCACUACAUCCAAAUCAACCGGCUUACAACUACAGUACAUCGCUAACAAUUCAAUCACUAUCGAUAUGGAAAAUAAUGAACAAAAAAAUCGUUUAUUCCCAAUAAGAUGGCUUCUCAAAUCAGCUAAAUCUUGGUUAGGACACAAAACAAGACCAAGUCUCACUGAUAAGAAGUCAAAACCUAUUGCUGAUUAUUCUGUCAUACGUGUUCCUGAUAUUGAAGCAAAUGGAUAUAGUUUCACCGAGGGUAUUGGUCAAAUUUCAUUAGGUUUAGCUCAAGAAGUGGCCGAGCGAAUAGGAAUAUCCGUAAAAGAAAAUUCAGAUAUUCCAUCAGCUUAUCAGGUUCGAAUUGGUGGUUGUAAAGGCAUGUUAGCGAUUGAUCAUGAAUCAACACAUGACGAUUUUUACAUAAAAAUUAGAAACAGUAUGUGGAAGUUUAAUAGUAACGAUUGGUCAUUAGAAAUCUGCGAUCAUUCCCGUCCAAUGUAUUUAAGUUUGAAUAAUCAAGUAAUAAGAUUAUUAUCUGAUCAUGGUAAUACGAAGGCUGUAUUUGAAUCACUCCAGAAUCGUAGUAAAAUGCCUGUACAUUGGCAUUCACCUGAAAAUACGUACUUGAAUGUAUUUGAGACAGCAAUAAUGGUCAAACAAAACCAACGUUAUUUGAAUGUAAAAGAAAAUCUUUUGCGAAACAAAAUUCCUUUGUAUGCCAAUGAAGCGCGAAACAUGUUUGGCAUAGCUGAUGAAACUGGCCAGUUGAAGUAUGGACAAUGUUUCAUACAGUAUGAAGUGAAAGGAAGAGUAAAAUCAUAUGCAGUUGUUAAAGGUAAAGUGUUGAGAAGAACUGUCUUGGUGACGAAGAAUCCAUGCUUAUAUCCAGGCGAUAUUCGAAAACUGGAAGCAGUCGAUAUUCCUAAAUUACAACACUGUAUUCGCGACUGUAUCGUAUUUCCCACUCAAGGGAAUCGGCCGCAUCCUAACGAAAUAAGUGGUUCUGAUCUCGAUGGUGAUCAAUAUUGGGUUUAUUGGGGCAAAGAUUUGACCAUUGAAAAUCCAAUUGAUCCUCUACCUCACACAUCUGCGAAAAAGAUCAAAGUUGCAAAGAUAACAAAUGAAGAUAUUAUUGAUCAUAUUGUUAACUCGAUGGGAACACAUUUUUAUGGUAUCAUAUGUGACACACAUUCAGUAAUUGCCGAUAAACUUGGCACUCUAUCGAAAGAAGCAGUAGAGAUUGCUAAUCUAUUUUAUCGGUCUAUUGAUGCACCAAAAACUGGUGAACACAUAACCAUGGAUCGCAUAUGGGAACUAAGGAAAAUGUAUUGUACUGAUUAUCCUUGUUUUAUGAUGAAAGUGGACAAACCUAUAUACAAAUCAGUGUCAGUUGCGGAACAUUUGUUCAAAUUAGCCAUAAAACACGCAAUUGGAGAUGCAAAACAGUUAAGCAAAUGUCCUUUAUUUCAUAUUUACAAAAAUACAAGAUCUAUUAAUGAAACGAAUUAUUCCCAACAAAGCUUACGCAAUAAUUUGACACAAUUUAUAGCGACUCCAGAUACUCGACAGUCUUAUCUUAAUUAUAUAUUAUAUUUAUGGUUUAUUAUUGUUGUGUUAUAUCCCUCAGUUACACUUUUUUUUAACUUAUCUAAUAAUUAA